CUGCAGCCGGCACGCUAACCAUACCGUGCUAGUUUUGUACAAGAUUUGUUAAAGCGGUCCAUAUUAGUCCCGCCCCCUGCUGCUUCACGCAGAACUUGUUCUCUCUUGUUUCUCCAGAUCCUGCCGGUGAGAUGGAUCCGUCACGUUGUGGCUCCAAAGUGUCGGGUUCAGGCUCCAUCCAGCUGCACAGAUCCAAGAAUCUCUACCGGCGCUUUCUGGCUGAUGCCGCCGCCGGCCUCAGCUUCUCCCAUGACUGCGUGGUGGACCUCGGUGCCGGCGGCGUCUCCUACAGCCGGGCCGACUUUUGCCAGUUAUUCAGGCCCCCCGGAGCCCUGAAGCCGUCCGCCAAGGGGAGGCCACAGGACCGGAAACUUUGCAGACCUGCUCCGAGGCCAAAGGUCCAACAGGCCGAGCGAUUCGGGGACCUGCUGCCUGUACUGGAGCCGCCUGAGUCUUUGGAUCAGCUUGGAUCAGAACUGCUGCAGGGUUCCUGCGGUCCAGCCAGAGCGACUGCUGUCAGUUCUGCUGACCACCAUCCGAAGAGGGCUUCAGGGUCAACCAAACCAGUCCAGAAAGUGGCUCAUCGAGACCACGACCACAGCACCGGGGACAACUCCCCAAAGUACCACAAAAACCCGCAGAGGUGGUUCUCCCCAGGCCCACAGAGGCGGACCGGCCCGGCCCCCGACAACAAGACCACAGGGGGCCUAAAGAGAGACCUGACGGAGCCGGCGGACCAGGUCCAGACAGCAGCCGUCCCUUCCUGGACCCCCACUGGACCGCGGCCACAGUCAGGUUCACAUGCGGCACAGUGUUCAGCCCUGGAUGGAGACCACAGCAGGAAGUCCCUCCAGACACUUUCAGCACAGCUCUUCCUCUGCCAGGACCGCCGGCCUGACGCCCAGCUGCUCGGUUCCCAGCUGACCUGCUUCAGCAGCCAGACGACUCUUGUGCGCUCCCUGCUGGCCGAGCAGCUGAACAGCUCUGAGUGGAGAAGCAGACUGUUGUCCUGUGACAUCCUGUCCAGCUUCGCAGGGCCCAUUAAUAAGGAUGUGGUGCACAAGCUGACCCGUCUGAUGUGGAGCGACCAGCGCCGCACGGUGCGUCUCGCCGCUGCAGAGGCCCUGAUGAAGCUGGGAAAGACGCAGGAAGUUUACAAAGAGUUAUGGUUGAAGCUGGAGGAGGGGCGGGGUCUCCAGUUCAGGAUGGAGGCUCUGGAUGUAAUCAGCCACCUGAAGAUAGAGACGCUGCUCGAGCCUCUUGUGAGCCGCCUGAGUGACGAGUUCACUGCAGUCCGGAAACAGGCCUGUCUGACGGCCGGGUUUCUGCAGCUGAAGGACGAGACGGUUGUGAGUCGCCUGCUGGAGCUGGCGGAGAACGACCCGGCGCAGGAAGUCCGGCUGUCGGCGCUCAGAGCUGUGGGCGCGCUGGGUUUGUCAUCGCCGGACGUGCAGGAGACGCUGCUGCGCUGCGUGGAGACGGCGGAGGAGGCCGAGCUGCGUCUGGCCGCCUGCCGGCUGCUGCGGAGCGCCGGCGUGACUUCAGCCCGGCUGCGGGACUUCCUGCUGCAGAGGGUUGAUGUGGAAUCCAGCCAGCUGGUCCGCAGGACGAUGGAGGAUCAGCUGCGUCUCUGCGGCUGCGACCUGCGGGAGGAACGCCGCCACGCCAAAUACAUCCGCCUGCAGGUGCGGCGUCUGUGCGAGUGCCGAGCUCUGGCAGAGAAGGUGUUGCUGCUGGAGAAGCUGCGGGUCGGAGGACGAAGCAUCGGCCCGGGGACGCUCGCCAGGCUGCUGAGUCAGCGAUACAGGACGCCCGAUCAAUAACCCGUCACGUGUUUGAGUCUUCUAUUCAAUAAAGCUUCUGUUUCCUCGA